AUGGGGAAGAAGGGGGCUGAGUCGAUGGUAGGGGCGGCAGGAUCCACCAGCCAGUUCUUGUCGUCCGGGCUUGAGGAGCAGGGUCAUGCGAGCAAUGGCAAUUUCAGUGAGUUUGAGUUUCAUGUGUGGGAGCCGCCUUUGGCGAUUCAGGCAGCAGACAACAUGGGCGCUGAAUGGAGGGCCGGAAUGGCGCUGUCGGGGUCGAAGGAGGCGGCUGGCGGCGGGAGCAACGAAGACAAUAGUUUGUUCCCCUCUCAGAUGGUGGAGUCGGUGGCGGCGGUUGAGGAUCCGCAGCCCCAAGGCAUGGUGAAUCUAGGAAACAAGAGGGGUGCCGAAUGGAUGGGUGUGGCGCCGCCAGCCAGGGCUCGUGGGUCCAAGAGGCAGCGCACGACGUCAGGCUCGAUCGGAACCAGCGGCGGGAGCAACGACGAAGCAAUGGGGAGCGAGGCCUUGUUUGAGUUGGCGGCGUUGACGGGUGUUUGGAGGAGGGAGACCGUGUGGUGGGACGAGGUGAACAGGCCGUGGUACCCUGACGUGGAUUUCAAGCGCCACUUCCACAUGUCGCGCUCCACCUUCGACAAGCUCUGCAAGAUGCUGGAUCGCUCCGUGCGCAAGGAGGACACCGCCGCCCGUGACGCCAUCCCCGUUCCCCAGCGCGUGGCGCUCUGCGUCUACCGCUUCGCCACGGGUGAGAGCUUCUCCGGGCUCAGAACGCGCUUCGGGAUCGGCAGCACCUCCACCAUCCACAAGAUCAUGCACGACGUCACCGACGCCAUGAACGCCAUGGGCGAGCCCAAGUACCUGUCCGCCCUGUGGCCUCGCGGCACCGACGCCAUGGACGCCGCCGCUGCUAAGUUCCAGGCCCUGACGGUGACGGGGGGCCUCCCUGGCGUAAUCGGCGCCGUCUACACCACACACGUUCCCAUCAAAGCGCCAAAGCCAAGUGACGACCACGCCUCAUUAUACCACUGCAGCCGACGCCUCACGGAGCGGCGCAACGGCAACAUCUUCUUCAGCGUCGCCCUCCAUGCCGCUGUGGACGCUGACGGCGCCUUCACCGGCCUCUACCUCGGUCGCGGCAUCAUGUCCGACGAGGAGAUCUUUUCCGUGUCACCGAUGAACACGGAGCACGCGGAAGAGAUGAUCUCCCAGCACAAGCGUCUCGUCGGAGGCGCAGGGUACCCGCUCACGGACUGCACGCUGGUGCCUUACACCCAUAGCAACCUCACGCCGGCGCAGACCAACUACAACGAGAAGCUGGCGCUGGCCCGAGGCGUGGCCCUCGACGCGUUCCGGAGGCUCAAGGCGCGCUGGGCCGUUCUGCAGAAGCGCAGCGAAGUGAAGCUGGAAGACUUCAAAUCACAGAUGAGGGCAUGCUGCGUGCUCCACAACUUCUGCGAGCGCAGCCUCGGCGAUGAGCUGAAAGGGUUCCAGAUGGAAGACGAUGAGAUGGUCCUCGAUAACGCCGUGCGCUCCGCCGCCGCCGCGGAGGUGCGCGGCGCAAUCGCCCACAAACUCAUCCACGGCUCCACCAUGGCAGCUAACUAA